UACGAGGGCGAGUACAACGCGGCGGGUGAGCGCGAGGGGCGCGGCGUCGCGCGGUUCGCCAACGGCAACGUCUACGAGGGCGAGUGGAAGGCGGGUCAGUACGAGGGGCGCGGCGUCAUGCGGUACGCCGACGGCGACGUCUACGACGGCGAGUGGAAGGCGGGUAAGUACGAGGGGCGCGGCGUCUUCCGGUUCGCCAACGGCAACGUCUACGACGGCGAGUUCAAGGCGGAUACGAUAGAGGGGCGCGGCGUCUACCGUUACGCCGACGGAGAGUUGUACGAGGGCGAGUACAAGGCGGAUAAGAAGGAGGGGCGCGGCGUCUACCGGUACGCCGACGGCGGCGUGUACGACGGCGAGUGGAAGGCGGAUAAGAAGGAGGGGUGCGGCGUCUACCGGUGGGCCGACGGCAACGGGGAGUACGAGGGCGAGUACAACGCGGCGGGAGAGCGUGAGGGGCGCGGCGUCAUGCGGUACGCCAACGGCAACGUCUACGAGGGCGAGUGGAAGGCGGGUGAGGCGGAGGGGCGCGGCGUCUUCCGGUUCGCCGACGGCGACGUCUACGACGGCGAGUUCAAGGCGGGCAAGAGGGAGGGGCGCGGCGUCUACCGGUUCGCCGACGGCAAC